AUGGUGUGGCCAGAAACAAAAUCCAAACACAAACCACGUUUCACCACUGCCUUCCAGAAAAGCUUCCAGCACCUCUUGUAUGCUCCUCAUGCAGCAUCCUCCUGGAUACUAAACUCACCCCAGGCUCUUCCUUCUCACACUUUCUGCCACCACUGCCUGUGGUCUCAGGUGCCUGUGGUGUCCGGUCCCUUCUCCCCGUCCUCCGGUACAACUCCUGAACUCCUCAGUCCUGGCUGCUUAUCAUUUCCUCAGGGAAGAGGCCCUCAGGCUCAGCACCUCUCCCACCUGUGUUCUCUCCUGAUUUAA